UACGCCGUCUCCGGUCGUCCUAGGCGGCAACACUCAACAGGCUCGAACUCCAACAAUGGCGCCUGUGAGAACCACAGGCGCUAUUGUCGGCGUGGCUGCCAUCUUUGUCUCAGUCGCUUUCUCCUAUUUCAUCUGCGAGCGUCGUUCUAAAUCUUCCUCCAUAAACACCCGUUCACCUUCGUCAAAGAAGAAAUCGAGGAAGGGGCUUGUUGGUGCCAUUGGUAACACGCCUUUAAUUCGAAUUAACAGCCUCUCCGACGCCACAGGUUGUGAAAUUCUUGGGAAGUGCGAGUUUUUGAACCCUGGAGGGAGUGUGAAAGAUCGAGUUGCAGUGAAAAUCAUUGAAGAGGCUUUAGCAUCUGGCCAGCUAUGCCCAGGUGGAAUAGUUACUGAAGGGAGUGUUGGAAGCACUGCCGUUAGCCUUGCCACUGUUGCACCUGCCUAUGGAUGCAAAUGCCAUGUAGUUAUCCCAGAUGAUGUUGCUAUUGAAAAGGCUCGGAUAAUUGAAGCGCUGGGAGCUACUGUUGAAAGAGUAAGACCAGUGUCAAUCACUCACAAGGACCAUUUUGUAAAUGUGGCAAGAAGACGGGCAACAGAAGCAAAUGAGUUUAUGUUAGAACAAAGAAAACAAUUACAAUUGAAUGGUGGAAACAUCAAACUGGUUAAUGGUUGCAGAUCUGAAGGGGAUAAUCACGGUUCAGCUUUUUCUAUGGAUUGUCAUGGCGGUUUUUUUGCUGAUCAGUUUGAGAACUUGGCAAACUUCAGGGCCCACCUUGAGGGUACAGGACCUGAGAUUUGGGAACAGACGAAUGGAAAGUUGGAUGCAUUUGUUGCAGGAGCUGGCACUGGUGGCACUUUGGCUGGUGUCUCUAGGUUUCUUCAGGAAAAGAAUCCAAACAUCAAGUGCUUCCUCGUCGAUCCUCCUGGUUCUGGUUUGUUCAAUAAGGUAACAAGGGGGGUGAUGUACACUAAAGUGGAAGCAGAAGGAAAAAGGCUCAAGAAUCCAUUUGAUACCGUAACAGAAGGAAUCGGAUGUAACAGGAUAACAAAAAAUUUUAUGAUGGCCAAGGUUGAUGGUGCUUUCCAAGGCACAGAUAUGGAGGCUGUUGAAAUGUCUAGGUUUCUUUUGAAGAACGAUGGACUAUUUCUUGGGAGUUCUUCAGCAAUGAAUUGUGUUGGAGCAGUUAGAGUAGCCCAGUCGCUUGGCCCUGGUCAUACAAUUGUAACCAUUCUCUGUGACAAUGGAAUGAGACAUCUGAGUAGGUUCCACAAUCCUCAAUACCUGUCUCAGCUUGGCUUGACUCCUAAGGCAACUGGAUUAGAGUUUCUGGGUAUCAAAUGAGGAUGGCAGAUUUAAAACUCAUGCUCCAACCUACUGGACUGUUACCCUAUUGCCUCCUACCUUGAUCUUCCUAAAUCGGGAUUACAUGCAGCUAAAGUGUGUUAUAGAGAUGGUGAGCGAAAGGGCUUCACUUUUGUGAGACCUGCAGGAAGGAACAGAAGUUGGACUCAUUUCUCUCUUAUUUUCUCUCUUCCUCUCAUCACUUCAGUUGGAUUAUUGUGUGAGAAGAUUUAGGCUUGAUCUUUCUAGGCACCUGAUGGGUAGGCCACCUAGAAUUUGGAGCAGGUUUUAUGUCAAGAUUUGUUGCCACGUAUGCCUUGGUACGUAUUGUAAGUGGCACCCUAUAUCAUGGAAAGCUGACCUGGACAAAGCUUGGGGAGAUUUUGCUAGAAGGAAAAUAGGCUUUUUGUGUAAAACUGUUAUUCUUUUUUCACUAGACUAAUUAUUUAUCAAUUGCUCGAAUGCGAGUGAACAGUUAUGCAUUCUGUGACCUUGGAAUUUGGCCAAUUCAAAUUCUCUGGCAAUAGGAUGAUGAAUGGAAUUUCAAGCCUUUUGCUUUGGAAAUGU